AUGAAAGUCACUACUUUUCUUCUUAUUUUUUUUUGCCUUCCUUGCGCUGCCACCAGCUUCGAAGAUGAUUUUCGAGGUACAGUAAAGCAAAGAACCAUACAUUUCUUUAUGAAAUUUAGAAAAUUUUUUGAACGUCAGUAAGGCAGGUUAAACUAUCGUGUUUGUAUUCUGUUGAUAGUUAAUUUCACUCGGAAUCACUCUUGGAGUUGAAUAAACAAAAGCAGAAAAAUUCAGAAUUCACUGCUGAAGGAAAUUAAAUAUUAUUAAUACCUUCUUCUUUUUCGAAUUUUACGCGGAGAAUGCACAACGAAUACCAUUUGCCUUGUACAUGUAGGUUUUAGUGAAUCGUAUCCGUCAUUUCUCCUUAAAAACACAUUCUGUCAUCCACGUCUUUCUUUUGAAUGAAAUUAGAGUAUUUUAGCUGUAGAAUCAGUGACAAAAUUUUAGGCCUCGUAGGCUCAGGCCUAGGUAAAACGUCAAACUAUUCAUGAGACGAACCGAACUUGGUGAGUUAAAUUCAUGAAAAGUUCGACGUCUGGCUCCGUUAAGUUCGUCUUAAAAUGAUUCGGAUCUUCCAAAACCGUUCUAUCCGUCUGCUUCAGACUGAUAGAACGUCUGAAAAUCGUCUCCGAGACAAACGUCCAUCUUCACAUGCAAACUUAUAAGUUAAAAUUUGUAUGAUAAUGUAUAAUUAGCCUCAUAAUAAAAGAGAAAAUUUAUCAAAAUUGCGUUUUAAUAGGAUUCAGUUGAUUGGUUCGAAGCGUCCUAAAUUCGACGUCUGACCCAACAGACGAUCUCAACUUAUUUUAGGUCGACCUAAAUUAGAGUUUGGCUCAUUUCAUGACAAGUUCGCCGUUUGGCCUAGGCCUCAGAUUUUUUUUCAUCGAUAAUGGUCAUCUUCACGCUGAUGGAGUUGGUUGACUGUGGGAGCACUACCUUAUUUGUCCUAAACGGAUAUGUCACGCCACUGAAUAACAGGGUUAAGAUUCAUCAUCUCGAUUCGUAAACUGGGUAUAAAAUUUUAUUAUUUUACGUCUUGAACCGGAGACAAAUGACUUAUACCUGCUGAUUGCUGUGGCAACGACAACCAGCUGUUUUGUGCGUCAGUCAGAGGUUUUAGUGAAUUCUGUCCAUCACUUCUCUCUGGCUUAAAAAGACACAUUCUCCUAUACCGUCGUUAUUUAAAAAAAAAAUAAAAUUUAGACGACAACCAACCAACCAACCAAUUAAUUUGCCAACCUGAAAACCAAGUUUACAAAAAUAUAAUAUAUUGAAGUCUGUCAGGCAAAACAUUACUCGAAAUAGCUAAACCAAACGAGCUGAUUAGUUACAAUAAUUAGACUACAUUCUUUAGGAUUGUGGGACACGAAAAAUAAAGAGGAAAAUAACUUAAAGUUAGGAGCCCUGUAGUGCUGUUUGAGCGUUCUUUCUCAACCGAGUGCUUCCACGGUUUGCUCCCAGGCAAAAUGUCUGUACAAGAGGAAAGAAACACAGCAAAACAAAUGUGGUGGUUUCAAGGUAUAUUAAACGAUAAAAGGCCUUACUUCCGGUUGAAGUGCGUCGCUCAAAAACGCCUUUGCUUAACCCUUUAAGCCCUAAGAGUGAUGAGCAUCAAAUUUCUCCUUGUAAUAUCAAUGCUUUGUACAACAGAGUGGUCAUGAGAAUUACGGACAUGAUCACGCAAGAUGAUUUUGCUUAAUAUUUUAUCAACUUCUCCCCACUACUUAUAUAGGAAUGAAUAGGGGCAACAAAUGAGAAUUCAAAUUUUGAUCUUAGGAUUUAAAAGGUUAAGCUCCUUAUUGAUAGUGAAAUUCAAAAUACACACCUUACAGAUGAAUAUUAUUGCAAAUCAGAACGUACUUUUGUUUUUUCUUUAGUUGAAUGUUCUAUACUGUCAAACGCCAUGUUCAAACACACAACAAAUUUUCAUGAUAACGGGCCUUUUUCUUCUCCUAGCUUUAGAAGUAACAGUCAGCACUGUAAUCAGUUAAUAAAACCUUGCAGGUUGUUACUGAACGGUUUAUAUUUUAAUUCACUCGGUUUUUCGAACUUAAGGUGACUUCAGUAGAAUUGCCUUAAAGUAUAUGUACGUGUCAAACUGACACGUACAUAAGGAAGACAUACUUGGUAUUAUAAAUUGUAGUUUUACGUUCAGGGGUCCAAGGAAAAGCCUUAUACUAUAAUAAUGUCCAUAGUAUUCAUCAAUCUGAUUGCUACAAAUUAUUUAUUCUUGUAUUUUUACUAAAUUAAUUUUCUGUGAACGUGACUAGUUAAAUGAAACUUAUUAUCAACAGUUAUAUCUGAUAUCAUUUAGAUUCUUUAGAUUCCUAAAAAUUUAUGGGUGCUAAUACCUUUUAAAGGAAGUAACGGGGACAUUAUUCAUUAAACUUGUUGUAAAUUUAUCACGUAUUUUUUUUAAAUUUUAAAACUGGUCUCCGGAUGAUAUUGUGAAUUAAUUCACUCGUUUGCUGAUAUUCUCUUAGCAGCGCAAGACCAUGCACGUGAAUUUUGUCGUAUAUUACUAAUAAUAUAUGAUGUGAUAAUUUUCAAUGUUCUGUAAGUCUCCCGGCUAACCCUCAGUUAUCGCAAUGAUCGAAUAUCAGACUGGGUUAAUGGCAUAUGAUUAGUGUCUCUUUAGUAGGACAGUAUUUAGGGGCAAUAAAUCGUGGCGGACAACAUACCUGAUAAAUACGGAUAUUUGAUUAUUUAUUGCACAGAGAGCACACGUGACGAGGGAAUUCCUUUAACAGUGGAGGGAGAGCAAGAGGAUGAUGAACAUCUGAAUGAAAUCGAAGUUAAUCAAAGUAGGUUUAAACUUCACGUACAUCGCAGGAGUUCUGGUUAGAGCCCCCUGCGCUCCGUCUCCCUCUUCCCCCGCCAAUGAUUUUCGAAGAUUCGAGAUCUUCGUGUUUACAGUCUUUUUUUUUAUCAUGUAAUAUCACCCUGAUUUAGAAGACUUAAGCACCUUCCUCGAUAUUCAGCGGUUAUGAAAAAAAAAAGGACUGAAUUCAUGAUUAGAGUUAAAUUCUCUCAAUAGGGCGAUAUGGUCACCUUUCCUUUUAAGGUAAAUCAAUAUAGCCCACUUGACGCGGCGUCAAAAUGGCGGCUCACGGAAAACUCAGUAAAUUUCAUCAUGUCAUUAUCUCACAGAGCUGCCAACAUAUAUGGUCAUCCGAAAAAGUCCAGGUAAAUUUUCUCAUUUUUUGAAGACAACGUUCCUGUUGUUGGAUAUGAUGACCAAAAAGAUCAAAAUUGAUACAGAAUUAUUUAUUUGCAGCUGAAGAAUAACAUGGUACAUGAAUCAAUAAAGAAUCAAACCAGUAUUAUCAAGUGAACAUACAUUUGUAAAAGACCAAAAAACAAAGAUGUUAAGUUAAUAUCACGACAAAACAGAUAUUAAUUAGAUCUUAAUGUUUUAUGAUUUUUUAAAGGGAAUGGAGUUGAUGCAUUUGAAGGAGACAUAUUGAUGACGGCAGAGCAGUACGAAGAACUGAAAAAGGAAUUUGAACAAACCGGGCAAACAUUGCCUCAAUAUUAA